AUGCAUCAGAAACUUCUCUUCUCCCUUCUCCUGUGUGCCACAAUCUUUGUAUACACCAAUGCUGGGACAUCUCUUCUUCUUAAAGAUCCGAUACCGGCGAUCUCCUUAGAACACAUUGACCCGACACUCCCUCCGGUGGUCCUAGCAGGCGAGACCCCUCGGUGCUCCGUGCUUGUCCUCCAACAAGACUUUGCCGACACCUUCGGCUCCCCGCCCGCGGCGUCCAACUAUACCCUGCCGGCUGAGUGCCCCUUCCCCUGGACCCGCGUCAUUCUCGAGCUCUCCGUUUUUGCCACUGAUCUCCAACACGACCGGGUCGCUGCCAUCUGGGUCGGCGGCGCCGAGGUCCUCCGCACCGCCACCCCGCGCCCUAUGGCGCCCGGUGCAUUCUGGCGCGUCCAAAAGGACGUCACCCGCUACUCUGCGCUCUUCCACAGCCUCUCCAACGGAGGCAGCGGUGUCAUAUCCAUGAUGCUCGAGAAUUCGAAUGUAGCACUACCGGGCGUCUACUCCGCCAACGUCUCCCUCCACUUCUACCGUGGCUCAACGCACUCCGUUCAAUCCCAACCCCUCUUGGCUUACACAUCGCACCCAACGAUCAAGGGCCUGUACCGUGAGCCCGCCGACCUCAUCCUCCCAGUCUCAAACCCUGACGGUUACUACGAGUCUGGUUUCUGGUUCCGAAUCGACAAUGACUCCGCCCCUGGUUCCAAAUCGAUCACAAUUCCCCCGAACACCUACCGGGCAGUCCUCGAGAUCUUCGUCUCCUACCACGGCGACGACGAGCUGUGGUACACCAACCCCCUACGCUCCUCGUACCUCCAGCAAUCUCCCGCCGUCUCUUUCUCGACGCCGCGAGCCAAUGGCGCCUUCCGCCAGGUCUACGCGACCCUCGACGGCCGCUUCCUCGGCGGGCAUGUGCCCUAUGCGGUGAUCUACCCAGGGGCCAUCAACCCCUACUUCUGGUCCCCUGUCGCCGCCAUCGGCGCCUUCGACAUGCCCUCCUACGACCUCGACCUCACCCCAUUCCUCGGCCUCAUGCUCGACGGGGCACCCCACAAUAUUGGGCUCAGCGUGCGCGAUGCUCAAUCCUUCUGGCUUUUAACAGCCAACCUCCACCUAUGGACCGAUCCCUGGUCCGAUCACGUCCACGCCGGGCUGCUCGAGUACUUUGCCCCAGCAAUUAAGAUGAACCGGAACGCUGAGUGGCGUGACCGCGACGGCCAAUCGGAGAUCGACGCCGAGGGAUUGGUGCGAUUCACGGGCUGGGUGAGCUCGUCCAAGGGGAACCUCACCACACAGGUGAGGCAAAAGAUCAAGUUCAAGAGCCAGGUAGAGGUGCAAAACCGCGGGACUCUGACACAGAUCGAGGUGCAAAACAAGGAGAGGAUGAUGGUGGCGAUACAGCAGGGGCACCAGGUGCUGCGGCGCGUCCAGAUGCUAGCAGAGGCACCGCUGCAGCUGCAGACGUCGGCAGCGGCGGCAGCAGGGGGCACUGCAGAGUUCCGGAAGGCGCGGCUCUACCACCAGCUGGUAGAGGCCAUGAGCAUCAGCGAGGGACAGGUGGUGGAGACGAGCACGCUCACGGAUCGGCAGGACGCGGAGGGGACAGAGCUUGUCCGCGGCGGUGCAGGACACGGAGGUGGAGAAGAGAUGGUAGUGUGGGGGAGCGGGAGCACGCGGUCGGCAUACAGGUACAAGGACGGGAGUAGAUGUUAUCUUCGGACGAUGAAUGCAGCAGGCGGCGUAGUCGUGAUGGACACGAAGACGGCGUCGUGCGCAGCAGUGGCCGAGGCUUGAGAGAGUGAAAGAGAGAGGAGGAGAGGGAUUUGGAUUGAGAUUCUGAGAGUUGUUAUAAGGUCACUUUUGAUAGGCGCAUAGACCACGCGAUAUGCUUUAGUAUUGCUACAGGGUAUAUAAGGCUAUUUGUUUUCAAUAAGAGACUAGCGCGCAACGGCCAACAGGAUAAUGCACAAGCCGUUGCUUAGUGGAGGAACAUAGUUCUUUUUCUGAUUAAUUAUUGAAUUAUUGUUAUGGUAUUUGGCAUUGCCAUGAUAAUAAAAUCAACAAUAUACGCUAUUCUCUUUUUUGAUGUUUCUACAUUGCAGCAUAUCGUGCUAUCGUAAGUAGCUUCUUCUACUCCCUUUUUCCCAAACUCAAUUAGCAUUUGCUGCACCUAUAACAGCACAGCACUUUACUAAAUCCUCUUUGAAUAUCUUUGGACAUAUUGUUGUGGGUCUCAAGAUGGAUGUUCAAACAUAAUAUCGAUCGGUAACUUAGCGGUUCGGAAAAUAAAGUGAAAGAGGCAGGAAAUGAUCCUGGAAAUUGCAUGGUUUGUCCACCUACAUUUUCUGGAAAAAAUUUCCAUUGCAGGGGAGGAUUUGAUUCAGAGUAGAGGGCAGUAUACUUGGUGGAGUGGACCCGAACAAUAAGUUGGUU